AUGUUAUCAAAUCCAAGGGAAAUCGGUAAAAAAUUAUGGAGUAUAUUAUAUAUGAACAAAAGGAAAAAAAUAAUAUAUGCUUUUUCUAUCAUAGGGUCUGGAUACUAUUUAUAUAAAACAGGAUGUAACAAUAAUGAAUUUGAAAGUAUACGAAAUAAUAGUGAUAUAGAAAAAUUGAAAAUUUUGAAUAUUAACAAUAUAUGCUCUCAUGUGCCAUUACUUAUUUUGAAUAUAUAUGAUAAUUAUAUAUAUAAGAAUAAGAUAUUAAAAAAAAUAUAUUUUAAAUAUAAAAAAAAAUUAAAUAAAAAAAAUUAUAAUGAUAUUAAAAAUAUAUUAGACCAAAACGAUACAAAAAUAAAUUAUGAUUUUAUUUAUAAUGAAAAAAGUAUAUUCAACAAGUUAUAUAUAUAUGAAUUAAUUUUAGAAAAAAGUAUUAAAUAUGCGAUACUUUCGCCUCAAUUAAGUAUACACAUCCUUAAAGAGUUAUCAUCUUAUUUUGUAAAUUUAAAUACGAAAUUGUAUAAUGAAAAAGAUUUUUCUAUACACACAAAAAUAGGAAAAAAUAAACGGCAAAACAUAAUAAAAUCUAUAUUUAAUUGGUUUUCAAAUUAUAGACAUUCAGACAACAAUAAAAUGAUAUAUUAUUCUGGUGAAGUUAAUUCCAAAAAUAUUAAGAAAAAUAAAAAAAAGUAUAGAGAAACAUAUGAGGAUAUAAUAAAAACUGGAAAUGUCUAUGAAAAAUAUAAUAUACAUAAAUUUGAAGAUGCUUAUAAAAUGGAAGAAAUUAGGAAUAAUGGGCAUGAUGUAGUUACAUUAAAUUUUUUAUAUUUAAUUAAUAAAAUAUAUGACAACAUCAAUAGGGUUUGUUUAAACACAAAUACAAAUAUUUAUGUUCAUUUUUAUGUAAUUAACAUUUUAAAAUAUAUAUGUUAUAAGCAUUAUAAAACCAUACUCAAAAAUCAUGCUCAUUUAGAAGAUUUGAUAAAUGGGACCAAAAAAAAAAGUGUUUAUGAUUAUAUAUAUACAUUUUUUUUUAAAAAUAAUACUACAAAAAAUAACGACAUAAAGGAUAGUAACCAAAGCCUAUUCGGUUUUGAAUCAGAAAAUUAUUUAAGUAAUUUAAAAAAACAAAUAAAUAAUAAAUUGACACAUUUUACAAACAAUGAAAGUUGUUUUAUGAAUGAACAUACUUUGACUGGAAAGGGUGAACAAAAAGAUGAAAUAAAACAAGUUAUUUCAAACAAUUUUGAAAAAAUUGUGUUAGAAAAUCCAGAACAUGCUAAUGAAAUUAAAAUUAUGAAUGAUUUAUAUCUAGUUUUAUAUUUAAGAUUACUUUUUGAAAGUUCUAUAAAAAUUUUAAGUAUUAAAAAAAAUAUAUCUAUAUUGGAAAAAAAAAAAAAAUUUGAUAAGGAUCAUCAAAUAAUUUAUAUGAACCCAGCAGAUUCAAUAAAUAAUUUGAAAACCAACUUUUUGAAACGAUUUCGAAAAAAUGAAAAUAAAAAAAUCCAAAACAUUUUUUUACGUCCAUAUAGUGAAUUUGGAAUUUGGGGAUUAGCAAAAAAAAAUCGAAAAAAUAAAGAAAUUCCAAAUUAUGAAGAAAAUAUUAAAAAUAAUGAAACAAAAAAAUUAAAAAAUAAAGAUAAUAUGAGCACUUUUUUAUAUUAUUUAUUGCAAUGCAAAAAUAUUUUUAGUUUAGAUCAUAAGGCAGACAAUAUCAAGAAUAAUGAUCAGUCUAUAAAUAAUAUAUAUACAAAUGUUCCUAUUAAUGAUCAAAAUAAUAAAAUUACUAAAAAAAAGAUAUCUAUGAUACCAUCAUUUUUAUUUUUUUCAUCACCAUCAUAUACCAAUUGUUUCAUUUCAUCAGAAUUGAAUGGAAAAGAUAGCGAAAAAACUAGCGGCUUUUAUUUAAGCUCAUUUUUGAAAAAUACAAAAAUAAUCCGUUUUUUUUCAGAAACUUUAACCAAGAUUGAAAUACAAAAAAAAAAAAUUACAAAUUAUUUGGGAAUAAAAAUUUUCAAAGUUAAAAGAAAUAUAAAUUAUUAUGUUUUUAAUGUGGAUCAAGUAUUAAUAAAUAAAUAUUAUAAUUUAAUUCAUAAAAGGAAUAUAAAUAAAAUUAAUGCACAUUUAAAUAAAUCGAAAGAAAAAUAUGUAGACAUAAAAAAGUUUAACGAUAUAUAUACAUCCAUGAUUAAAAAUCUGCAUAAUAUAUUUUCCUUUGUCUAUUUAAUAGAUGAAAAUCCCGAUGUCUAUAAAAUCGUGAACUUAUAUAGUACAAACAUUUUUUAUGAAUAUAACUAUUUAAAUGAAAAUCAAAAUAUUUUUUACACAAAUUGUAUUAAGAGAUAUUUAUAUUAUUUUAAUAAUAAUUUAUUAUACAAGUUUUGUUUUACUAAUAAUUCGAUUGCAUAUGAUAACAAAAAAUCGGAAAAAAAAAAUGGAAAAAAAAAGGAAAAAAAAAGAGGAGAAAAUUUUGAACAAGCCUUUUUUUAUUGCAAAAAUGAUAUUAACCUAUUACUCUUUUUAUACACUCAACGUAUAAAAAGAUGCUUCUAUAUUUUUUCUUAUAUUUAUAAUAAAUAUAAUUUAAAAAAAAAUUAUCAUUUAAAUUAUAUUUACUAUAAGUUAAAUUAUUUAAUUUUAUCCCCUACUAAAAAUUACCCGCUUUUUUUUAUAUUAAAUUUCCCUUACCUUGCAUAUAAUAAUUUGUUUACUUGUUUUUCUUUUUUAUAUUUUUUAUGUACUUAUUCAUAUUUAUUUUUAUUCUUAGUUUAUCAAUAUUACACUUUUUCUAAUCUUCAUUAUUUUAGAAUACUUUCUGAUCAGGGUAUAUAUAUUUAUCUUAACACAUUAUAUAAUAAUUUUAGAGAUGCAUAA